AUGGGCGCUGCGUUCUUCUGGUGGCUAUCAAGAAGACACAAACGCCAAACUGAUUCCGAUUCCCACUCUGAUGACACCACAACGAAGAAUGGCAACAAUUCAAACAUAUUGCCCUUUGGUGAUCCCCGGCUUAAUGGUGCCUACAUGACACAAUGCUACCACAGCAAUGGUAGUCUUAAUGAAUACAAUGACUAUUCUCGUCGUAUCUUACAUGUGAGUCUUCGUGAAAUCCUUUAUAUAACGACCCAACUUGACGUGAAAAUAGGUGACCAACCCGAGCAAUUGAACGAAGAGGAUUAA